AUGGCCAGCCAGUUCCUGACCGAAAAUCAUGAUGAUACACACGAAGGAGAUGAGCGCAAAGAGCGAAGAAGAGUUCAAAAUCGCCUCAACCAGCGUGCCAGCCGUAAGAGGAAGAAAUUAUCCAGGCCUCCUGCUCAACAGUGGACAAUCUACAUCGACCAAACACGGAGAACGGUCCAUUUCUGCCACCUUGGCUUACAAGCCCGCCAGACCAUCCUGAGGAACCUAAGAGACCACAUCAACCAAGCAAUGGCCACGUACACACUCUCCUCCGAAUUACUCCUGCCAGUCACUCAAUGGAAUAUCAUUCGUGCCAUGAGCACCAAUGCCAUUACAAUGGGUCUAAACACGGCACUCUUAGCAGAAGAUAUACUGUCCCCGUUUAAUACUUCCAGUCCAACAACCACAAAUUUACCACCUAGUUUACAACCAACAGACCUGCAAAAAAGAAUUAUCCAUCACCCCUGGAUCGACUUGUUUGCCGUCUCCUCAAUCCGGGACGCGCUUUUACGGAAUCUGCAUCUCUACUCUGAGGAUGAGCUUUGUCAUGAUCUUUUCGGUAGCUCCGGUGACUGUAGUCAACCGACUGGAUUAUUGAUCUGGGGUGAGCCGUGGGAUUCGUUUGCGUAUGAGAUAUCUGAUGAAAUGUUGCGGAAGUGGGGGUGGCUGUGGAGCGGGUGUACUGAGGCCCUCCAGUCCACGAAUUACUGGAGGCUGCAGAGGGGCGAGGAGACACUUGAAACUAUCACAAUGAGAGCAAUAUCAUUACCCAACUAA